UCACUGGCAAGGCUAAAAACUCAAGCUUCUUUGUUCUUCGUCUUCCCCUUCUUCCUCUCGCAGAAGCCACCUUCCCUUUCAUUACUGCAAAACCCAGAGUUCAAACAGCAGCUUCAGAAGAAGACCAAAAGCCAUGAAUGCCCCCGACCGAUACGAGCGCUUCGUUGUCCCAGAGGGUACCAAAAAGGUCUCAUACGAGAGAGACACAAAAAUCAUAAAUGCGGCGUCGUUUACAAUUGAAAGAGAGGAACAUACCAUUGGAAACAUCUUGCGCAUGCAGCUGCACAGAGAUGAAAAUGUGUUGUUUGCUGGAUAUAAGCUUCCUCAUCCUUUGCAGUAUAAAAUCAUUGUCCGGAUCCAUACUACUAGCCAAUCGUCACCAAUGCAAGCAUAUAAUCAAGCCAUCAAUGAUUUAGACAAGGAGCUUGAUCAUUUGAAAAAUGCAUUUGAGGCCGAGUUUGCGAAGUUCUCAAGGGACUAUUGAUUUGGCUUUGAAAAACUUGGUGGAGCUCAGUUCAAGAUGUAGGUACAAGACAAUGGGUUGCUGACAUGAAAUGGAUUUCCAAGAACUUUGUUUCGUUUUCUUUAAGGUUGCUGAAACCAUCUUGUAACUUGCUAAACUCUUUUUGUAUGACAGUUCAUCUAAAUUAUAUAUAUAUGUUCGUGUUAUUAGAAUAUCCUUUUGAAAGUUUCAGUUUUGUCGGUGUACUUAUUUAAUAAGGCAUUGUUUGGAAUAACUUUUCAGGUACUUAAAUGUAGUGGUAUUUUCUUGUU